AAUCUUUUGCAGGGUGGUCAGCAUAGUGUAUAUCGAAAAUCCUGUAGAAAACUAUCUAAUGAUCGUUCCAAAAACACUCGAGUAUUCCAGGGCUAUGGCGUAAGCUUAUUAUGCCUUCAUUAGGGGUUCAGAUGGAUAUCUUGUACGCUAUAUCUGCGCAAUUUUGUACUAGAAAAACACUUUCCAACUUCUUCCACAAUUUUUACCACCCCAAAACUUGUGCACUCAGUCAGCUAUGGCUCAUGACCAAGAUCCGGGCUAUGUACUUGCAGCGGGUGCUACAUUUUUGGUCUUGUGUAUUGUAUUCAUGUUUUUGCGAAUCUUGACGCGAUAUCUGCAAAAGACUAGGUUGGGCUUAGAUGACUGGUUGACUAUUCCGGCUCUUUUAAUGGUGAUUGGUUGUUCAUUGGUUUUGAUCAUUGGUGUUGAAAAGAAAGUUCUUGCAUACCCUACUCCGCCACCCAUAGAUCUUGAACACCCCAACGAUGAACAAAGCUUUAGCUUUACAACUGUGGAAAAGGUUUGA